CCUCCUCCUCCUCCUCCCCUGCACUCCAGGCUGCUGACACACCGGGAGGACAGUGCGCACUACAACGUCCGCGUCACUGGACUCUACAUGGAUGCAAAGCCCGGUCAACGCAGAUACAUGGGGAUACUUUAGCGGGAGCUGCAGCCUGAGACCUUUUACAGGAGAACCGAGCAGCACUGAAGAACCUUGAAGAGCCAGAGAACGAGCGCUGGCCUUCGUUUGACUGUGUGACCAGCGAGUGAGCCUUGUUCAUGCGUCUUCCUGCAUGCCACUCCCACAUCGCUAUGAACUGUGAGCAGGACUUCGCAGACGGGGGCUUGGGAGUGACCCUCACACUACGACUGCUCAUGCAUGGAAAGGAGGUUGGCAGCAUCAUAGGAAAGAAAGGAGAGACUGUGAAACGAAUACGAGAAGAGAGCAGCGCUCGGGUCAACAUCUCAGAGGGAUCCUGUCCUGAGAGGAUCAUCACCAUCACCGGCUCCACAGACAGCGUCUUCAGAGCUUUCACCAUGAUCACAUUUAAACUGGAGGAGGACCUCACUGCACUGGUGGCCAACGGCACCAUCAGCUCCAAGCCACCAGUCACCCUGCGGCUGGUCAUCCCUGCCAGCCAGUGUGGCUCUCUCAUCGGGAAGGGAGGGGCCAAGAUAAAGGAAAUCAGGGAGAGCACCGGGGCUCAGAUACAGGUGGCAGGGGAUUUACUGCCCAACUCCACUGAGCGAGGGGUGACGAUAUCUGGGAAUCAGGACUCAGUAAUCCAGUGUGUCAAGCUCAUCUGCACAGUAAUCCUGGAGUCUCCACCGAAGGGUGCCACCAUCCCCUAUCGACCGAGCCCCUCACCAGCCGCCCUCCUCAUCGCAGGGAACCAGGUGUUUGAUGCAUCAGAAUAUGCCCCCCACCCUAUGUACUCAGUCGCCCAAGGUGGCAUGGACCUCCAGCAGGACGCUCUCUUCCAGGCCUACACUUUGCAAAACCAAUACGGCAUUCCACACUCAGAGCUGGCCAAGCUACAUCAGCUGUCAAUGCAGCAAGGCCUGAGUCCUAUGGCCCAGCCGGCUUCGACUAUCAUACCCGGUAUGUACGGGAGUAGUAUCAGGAUGGACACGAACUCUCACACGUCUCAGGAGCUGCUUAUUCCCAAUGAUCUGAUCGGCUCCAUCAUCGGCCGUCAGGGCACUAAGAUCAACGAGAUCAGGCAGGUGUCAGGAGCGCAGAUCAAGAUCGGCAGCCAGCUGGACGGGACAAGUGACCGCCAUGUCACUAUCACAGGAACGCCGGUCAACAUCAACCUGGCCCAGUACCUCAUUACCUCCUGUUUAGAGACAGCCAAAUCCACAGCCCAGGCAGCCACCAUGGCAUCUCCGGUCGACCUCAACAUGGCCUUCACCCAGCCAGCCUCCCCAGCUGCCUCCCCCACUCCCACCCUGGCCACUAUGGGCGGCCUGACCCCGGCUCAUAUGCUGGGCUCCCCGUACGGAGCCAUGCCCCUCUCCGGCCUGCUGGGGGUGAAGUCUGUCCCCUUCCUGACUCUGUCCAGCCCCGCCCCCAACACUGCAGCACCCUCCCACUCGGCUCUGGCCGCCUACACCGCCAAAAUCUCCUCAGCCAACUGCAUCAAAAAGCCUGAGAGACAGAAGUUCGCUCCCUACUGAUGUAGCCUCGGCGUCUCUCGAGUCCUGCAGAGACGGACGAAGGACGGCCCGAGCAGUGUUCUUCCACAAACGCCUGAUGUAGCCAUAUCCGCCGGCAGAGAUGCUCUUGACUUUUAUUCUGUGAUGCACCAACAGAGAAGAGACCAAUGGAGAUGUGGACAAAGCUAUUAAAACAGUUAUUUACGGUUAUAGAUAAUUUGUGAGUUCCCCAUGAAUUGAUGGACUGCUUUCAUCGUCACCUCAUCCCUGAUAUUGAUCACACACACACACACACACACAAAAAAAAAAUAAAGGGCUGGAACCUCACCUGAGAGACACAUGUUUAAAUGAGAGUUUUGACAUGUGUGUCUCAAGUUAGAUAAUCAGCUGUGAGUAUUUAUCCUUCAAUAAAUUUGUAAAUUAUACUCAGAUGACAAAUGCUCUACUGUACGAUGCUUUUAUACAAUGUCUAUGUUUGCCUCAUAAAGUUUUUAAGAAAAUUUGUAAAUGUCUUGGGGGGAGGGGGGGGGAUUUUUUUUUAAUAAUCUGUGCUAUGGUACUGUACUUUACUGUUCAGUGUUAUGUUCUUUUUUGUUGGAUUUUCUUUUGAAUGAGCGACUUGAUUAAUCUUUAUUUAUUAGUAUUGUUUCCUUUAUUAAAAGUCUUUGUUUCCUGACAUGGUGGAUGCAUCGUC